AUGUCUUUCUCUUCUUGCUAUUCCCAUUUACCUUUAGCAUUUAGUAAGGAUAUAAAACUCUGUAGGACAGUUGGACAAGAGAAGCUGAAUUUUCCUUUCUCUAUCAGGAGUAAUGGCGUUGAGCUGUGCACCCGAUGCAUUUCGAGAAGGAGAAGUAGAGUCGGCUUAAGUGGAGAUUGGAGUUUCAUAGGAGGGUCCAAAAUUGUUGUAAAACCUAAAGCUACAACAUCGUUUUGCAAUCCAAAAAGAAGUCAAAUACAUGCUUCAUGGUUCGUAGGAUCUCAACUUGCUAGCACUGUAUUCACAUGGGGAACAAUCGCGGUGCUCCCGUAUUAUACACUUAUGGUUUUCGCCCCGAAAUCCGAGCUAACCAAAAAGUCUAUGGAGAGUAAUUUACCGUGUGUAGUCCUCGGCGUUCUAUACGCUUACUUACUGUACCUUUCUUGGACACCUGAAACGGUUCGAUUGAUUUUCGCUAGUAAAUACUUACUACCUGAGCUUAGUAGCAUUGGAAAAAUGUUCUCCAGUGAGUUGACUUUAGCCUCUGCUUGGAUUCACCUUUUGGUUGUUGAUCUUUUUGCUGCUAGGCACAUUUUCCGCGAUGGAAUUCAGAAUGAGAUUGAAACUCGGCAUUCGGUUUCCUUUUGCUUGUUCUUUUGCCCUAUUGGGAUUCUUACUCAUGUCAUCACCAAAGCAAUGACCAAAACUACAAGAACAGAGAGUCAUGAUUUAUAG